AUUACAGAUCCAUGUGAGAAGAAACGAUGUCGACGUGGUGAACAGUGUAUAGUAGAUGAGAAACGGCAGCCAUCUUGUGUCUGCUACCAAAACUGUGAAGAGGAGACAGACGAACGAUACUGGGUCUGCAGCACUAAGAACAUCACAUAUAAAAGUGAUUGUCUAUUAGACAGAGAACAUUGUCUCUGCAGGAGAAAAGAUGCCGCAUGUAAAAAUCUUGCCGAGAAAAAAGUUCAUCUGGACUAUUAUGGUGGAUGUAGAGAUUUGACAGCCUGUCCUAAAGACGAAUUUCAGGAAUUUCCAAACCGACUCCGAGAAUGGUUGUUUAUUGUCAUGAAACAAUUGGCCGCCAGAGAAGAACUUCAUGAAUACCUAGAUCUGUUAGAAUCGGCUAAAUCUGAUGCCAACCACACUGAUGCCUUGGUCUGGAAAUUCUGUGAUUUAGAUCAAAACCCACAAGACAGACGUGUUAGUCGACGAGAACUUCAGCACACUAUUCAAUCUUUAAAAGCCAUGGAACACUGUCUCGUGCCCUUCCUUAACGACUGUGAUGCUAAUAAUGACAGAAGGAUCACCCUCAGAGAGUGGGGUGGCUGUCUUAAUGCCGACCUCAGUAAGUAA